CCUGUUUGUUAUUCAUCAUUCAUUCUGUGCGUAAAAGACCGAACGAUCGUUAUUAUGGUCGCGGAGAGUUCGAACACGCAAUAUUUUUAAAAUUUAAUACAUAGUGUUGUGUUUUAGUCACCGAAAGACUAGUAUCCUAGUAUGGAUAGUGAUGAAGAUGUGAUAUCAUUUAAUCAAACAAGUUAUGAGACCAUCAAAAGUAGCUGUGAUAUGUUAUAGUUUUACGUUGAUAACAAUAGGUAUAUUUAUAAGUAAAUUUUUAUUUUUUAUGAAUACGCUCGACGAUGAUGUUUCGUAUGUGAUAAAAAAUACUUCGGAUCGUUAUAAAGUUAUCGGAGGUGAUUACAGCAAUAUUCAGUGGAUUGUACAGAUUUCAGAUUUACAUCUUAGUACUUUUCGUGAUCCUGACAGAAUCAGCGAAUUGGCGACGUUUUGCGGUACAGCGUUGGAUGCUAUCAAACCACGUGUAGUUUUAGCAACUGGUGAUUUGACCGAUGGAAGAUCGCCUAAUAAUAGGGAGUUUACCGAAUACGAAGAAGAAUGGCGAGCUUACCGAGAUGUAUUAAAAAAUAAUAGUGUGACAAAUAAAACAGUAUGGUUGGAUAUACGCGGAAAUCAUGAUAAUAUCAAUGUGUUGAGUAUAAAUUCGGCUAAUAACUAUUUUCGAGAGUACUCGGUUCAAGGUCGAGAACACCCGCGAUCUUAUUUCUACAUUAGUCAGAUGGAUAAUGGGGAAAAAAUAGGAUUCAUCGCGGUUGACCUGUGUUUAACAGUGGGUCUCAAACUUCAGUACAAUUUUGCUGGAAAAUUAACCGACGAAGAGGAACAAAGUAUACGUAAAUUUGUCCAACAAGCUCGCGAUUACGAUGUCAAAUACUUAUUUUGGUUCGGGCAUUAUCCUACUUCGACUGUACAGUACCCUGGCUCGAAAGUUCUGCGUGAAAUUAUCGCCAAUGAAAAAACAUCUGUAGCUUUUUUUAGUGGCCAUUUUCAUCAAGUUGGAGGUUUAGCUCCGAAAAUGUAUUCGUACCAGAAAGAAGGCUUUUUUGAACUUGAACUAGCUGACUGGAAAUCCAACAGAAUUAUUCGCGUAAUGGCUAUUGAUCACGGUCAGUUUUCAUUCGUCGACGAAAAACAUGGCGAAUGGCCAAUCAUCUUUGUUACUAAUCCCAAAACAGCAAUAUUAGUUCCUCCAGUGAAAUAUUCCUUUAUACCAUUUUCUAGUCAUAUUAGGUUAUUAGUAUUUUCACCGUUUCCUGUGACCAAAGUCAAAUUAAAAAUUGACAAUGGAGAUUGGAGAGAAUGUAUCCAUGUUAAUGAAUCAUUUUACGUAAUCCCUUGGAAUCAAAAUGAAUAUCAAAACGGUUUGCAUACGAUAACGGUGGAAGCCGAAGAUGAAAAAGAAAACAAGAGACAAAUAACUCAUAAUUUUUCUUUAGACGGGUCUCGUUUAGAUCGGAAAUUUUCUGCAAGAUUUUUUUUAAUGCCCAAUUUGGGAGUAUUUUGUCAGUUUUUAUUCACGAGUUCGGUGCUGCUAUGCGUUGUGCCGUUAUUGAUAUUUCGAUAUUUAGUAUCAAUUUACAAAGUCGAAGCAGAAGAAAUAACAACCAUAAAAUGUGGAUGUUUAAUGCGCUUGUUCAGAAAAUUUUGUAUACUGUGUGAUAUGAAUCGAUUUUUUUACCCAUUGGUGCUGUAUCCUAUUUAUUUGUUAUUUGGUCCUUGGUUGAUUGCUUAUAUGGUAGAUGAUAAAAUAGGUGUUCUUUUUUCGUGGGGGAUUAUUAUAGAUGGUGGAUACGAACCGUCUUGGAAUUUAACUUCUUUUGGGUGGAAGCAGGGAGUGAUGCAUUUAUUUCUAAUAUUUCAUUCUGCCAAUGAGGUGGAUAAAAAAUUCUCCAGAGUGAUAAACAAACAAAACUACUCGUCUGACUUUUCGAUCAUUAGAUGUCUAAGUCUGGUUUGGGAUAAUUUCUUUUACACAUUCUUUAUUUCAUUUCAAAUACUACAAACUUUAUUCUUCUGGUAUUCUAUAGGUUUCCUGAGUCUAGUUAUUGGUCCACUUACUUCGUGGUGGCUGAUACUCGCAUUAUGGAUAAAAUCAGAAAUCAUUUAUUUGAGCGAAGAUAAAAUAUUACGCUUAGGACAGAAAUGGCGUCCUGCUUUAUAAUCAUCAUGAUCAUUUUUCUCAAGAGUAUAUUAUCUUCGCUGCACAAAAACUAAUUUACCUACCUACCAAUAUUUUUAUUCAUUUAAUUCGAUUGUGAUUUAUUCAUAUGUUUUGUUCAUCGUAAGAGUAAAUGUUGCAUUUUUUGCAUUUGUGGACGUUUUAUCAAUAUGUUUAGUUUUGUUUUUUUGUUUUAACGAGUAUUCUAGAUUCUUAAUUAGUUAAUUCAGACUGUAUUGUUUGUAGAUAAUCUGUAUUAUUACCAAGGUUUCAAAGGUGUUUUAAUGAAACCUCUACCUAUCUACGAGUACCUACGUACAUUUUUGCAAUAAAUUUUUUCUGAAGUUAUAA